AUGACAGAAAGAUAUUCAGCACUUAACCAAUUUAGAUAUAACUUUAAUUAUCAAAAUGAAAUAUUACAAAUGUUUUAUUGUCCACACGUUGAUUUAAUAGUUAAACAAGGAUCUCCCUUAGCUAAAAUUGGUUCUUCUUCUUUCAAGAAACAAAUAAUCAAUGGUACUUUACAUUGCAACUCUUGUGAUAUAAAAACUCCAAGAAUAUGGAUUUGUUUAAAUAGUAAUUGUUGUGUAAUAGUUUGUAAGAGAAACUCUCCUACAGGACAUUUGCAUACUCAUGUUGAAGGAUAUCAUAAGGGAGGAAAAAAAAACCACUGUCAUUGUAUAUUUGCAAAUCCACAUAAUUUAGCAAUAUGGUGUCAAGCUUGUAAUGUAGAAUUGAAUCCCUUUGAAAAGAAUUUCUUAUCAUUGGAAACGCAAAAAUUCUUAAAAACCAUUGUUAGAUGUCUGCAAGUUAAAAAACAUAAAUCACAUCAAAGUUUUAAUAAUCUAACAAUUGAUGUUCCUGGUCUUGUUGGAUUAAAGAAUUUGGGAAAUACCUGCUAUGCAAGGCCAUCAUUAACAAAUUAUUUUAGUUAUUGUGAAUCCUAUAUACCAAAAUUUCACACUAAUACAAGAUUACAUGAAUAUAAAUUAGCUGAAAGGUUUCACAGGUUUUUUAGAUCAAUGUGGAAUGGUAACAGCACAUUAUAUUCUCCAAGUGAUUUAAUUGACGAGAUAAAAAAUUACAAUGAAGCUUUUCGAG